AACAGGUUACUUUUUUACUAGUAGUGCUGGAGAAUGAUAUAAAAACUUGAUUUUCCUCAAUCACAUUACUUUCCUUUGUGAAUGCGAUUUCUAAAGAAAUGGGACAAUUAAAACUUACCAGCUUUAUUGUUUUAUUGUUCUUUUUGACUGAAUGCCUAAACUUACCCACAAAGCCUCAAGAUGGUGAUAAUUUUAAAGUUACCCAGAAAUUUAUAGAGGACAAUGUUGGAUAUCUCACCACCAUUUCAUUUGCUCAAUAUGUUCAGGAGGCAUCAUUUGAGGAAGUCGAAAUGUUGGUAAAAGCCAUGACAGAAUACAGAGAUCAAUGCUUGGCCAACAGGAAACUCCCUCAGUGUUCAAAAUUAGCUAAUGAUGCUUUACUAGAAGCAAUAUGUGCUAUGGAGGGGGUGCCACAAAAGUACAACUUUUCACACUGCUGCAAUAAAGUUGACUUUGAAAGAAGAUUCUGUUUCUUCCAUAAUAAGAAAGAUGAUGUAGGAUUUCUACCUCCUCUUCCUACUCUGGAUCCUGAAGUGAAAUGCCAGGCUUAUAAAAAUAACAGAGAAUAUUUUCUAAGACACUAUCUCUAUGAAGUUUCUAGAAGGAAUCCCUAUGUUUUCACCCCCACUCUUCUAACAGACAUGGCUCAUAUUGAGGAGAUUACUAAAACAUGCUGUGAAGAACAAGACAAAGCUAACUGCUUUCAGACAAAGGCAAUACGUGCCAUGAUAUACUUAAGAGGAUUAUCUUCUUUUCAAAAAACCGUGUGUGGGGCAUAUUUGAAAUUUGGACCAAAAGCCAUAAAAUCUACAUACCUUGUUAUACUUAGUCAAAAAUUCCCCAAGAUUGGAUUUGAAGACCUUACCUCCAUUCUAGAAGAUGUUUCUUCCAAGUAUGAUGGAUGCUGUGAAGGGGAUACUGUGUACUGCAUCCGUGGCAGGAGCAAGGUUAUGAGCCAUAUUUGUUCAAAACAAGAUUCUAUCUCUAGCAAAAUUAAAGAGUGCUGUAGUAUGAAAAUACCAGAGCGUGGCCAGUGUAUAAUUAACAAGAAUAAAGAUGACAAGCCAAAGGAUUUAUCUCUAAAAGCAGAAACAUUUACUGACAAAAAUGUGUGUGAAGAACGAAAUGCUGACCAAGAAACCUUCAUGGAUAAGUUUCUUUAUGAAUACUCACGGAGACAUCAAGAACUGUCUACACCAGAGCUUUUAAGAAUUGCUAGUGUGUACGAUGACCUCCUGAAAGAGUGUUGCAAAACAGAAAACCCUCCAGACUGUUACAGUAACAUGGAAAGCAAAUUCAAUGAGACAACUGAGAAAAGCCGCAAAAUAGUACAACGAGAAUGUGAACAUUUCUAUAAUUUGAAGCAAGAGGACUUGAAAUACCACAACCUUAUCAAAUUCACAAAGAUAGCCCCUCAGCUCUCCACUGACGAACUGAUCUUUCUUGGCGAGGAAAUGGAGACAGCUUUACUCACCUGCUGCACUCUGAGUGAAGAGUUUGGCUGCGUUGAUAAUUUGGUGGAUUUAGUUCUUGGAGCGGUAUGUGGAGUAAAGAAUCGAACCGUCAACCCUGCUGUGGACCACUGUUGUAAAACCAACUUUGCCUUCAGAAGGCACUGCUUUGAUGCGCUGGAAGCCGAUAAAACAUAUGUGCCUCCAUCUGCCUCUCAAGGUUUAUUCACGUUUCACACAGACUUGUGUCAGGCACAUAAGGAGGAGCUCCAGAGAAAGAAAGAGAGGUUUCUUGUGAAUUUAGUGAAACUAAAGCCUGAACGUACAGAUGAGGAGCUGCGGUCAUCGCUUAAGGAGUUCACUAACCUAGUGGACGAGUGCUGCAAAGCCGAGGAGCCGGAAGCUUGCUUCAAAGACGAGGGUUCAAAAUUGGCAGCCAAAAACCAGGCUUCUUGAGAAAUAUAAAAGAACAAGCAAGGUUGUGGAGAAAAGAGAGGAAUACCAAUUUACCCACUUCCAGCUGUCCUGAAAUUUCAUUUUCUGAGAAGAAUACAGUAAAAAAAAAACAAAAAAAAAACUUACCUAAAAUGUUAUUGUAACACAAAAUAUAGAGUUAUUUCUCAAAGACUGAUGUCAUGUGUUUUAUUCCAUCAGUAUCUCUGGCUCACUGGCUAAAUCUAUUCCGUAGACAGAAGGAUUCAAAUAGCAAAGGUGUGGGCAUAAUCCUCACAGACUCCCUUCUUGCUGCUAUUGGCAAGGAAAAGGGGAGUUGAGGGCUCCCAGCAUUGCUGCUGCCGCUACUACUACUAUUAUGAACUAGCACUUAAUGCUUUCCAUGUACCAAACACUGUCCCUAGGUACUUUUCAUGCAUCAUCGCAUUUAAUCCUAACAAUCUAUGCAGUAUACAUCAUUUCUAUU